AUGUCUUGCGCCAUAUUUACGAUGUGGCGAUUCGCUUUCAAUCACGGACUUUGGGACCCGUGUAACGUGCAGCUGUCCCACGUUUUCCGUUGCAUAACAACCACUGAUCAAGAAAACGCCCUGAAAUUUGCAUACAAGCGUGAUGUUAAAUCCUUCUUGGCCGCGCGUCUUUUGACCUUGUAUAUGGCAAGGCGCCUUUUUGGCUUAGAUCCUAUUAAUGUGAAUGUAAAAAGAAGUGCAUACCGUCGGCCGUAUCUUGAGGGGGAACUUGAUUUCGACUUUAACCUCUCACACAAUGGUGACUUUACCCUUCUAACCUUCUGUCACGAAAUGCGAACAGGUGUUGACGUAAUGCAAGUGGAACUGCCACCUGCCUCUGAAUCGGUUGCUGGAUUUCUACUGAAAAUGAAAUCCCUUUUCACGCCCUCCGAAUGGCACUUACUUACCUCUACAAGCUGUGAAGACGGUGGAAGAAUUCGCAACUUCUUCAGGCUUUGGUGCCUAAAAGAGGCUUUUGUGAAGAAUAUUGGUACCGGUUUAAGGACAGAUAUUUCCACAGUAGAAUUCGAUCUUUCGGGAGGCGCUCCCAAAUGUACCUAUCCCGGGUUGGUGGAUACCGAGUGGAGGUUUGAAGAGCAUCAACUUCCCAACAGUCACGUUGCUGCGAAAUGUUCUGGUGUGGAACCCUUUCAAGAGCUUUCACCCAACGAUCUCCUUGAUACUUUGAGCCCAUGGAACGAAGUGAAAGACCACUUCUGGUCUGCCUAUUGUUUCAAAGAUAUGUGCCCCCCUUCCGCCCGACGGGUGCUUUAUUGA